ACCCAAUCAAAACAUCAUACACUUUUUUGAGCCACAUUAGGCCAUGACAAAAUUGCCUGGAAUAGACACGCUACAAAAACGAUGGGGGAGGAGUCUUUUUCAAAAGAAUUAUGUGAGCAGGGACCUUUGAUGUCAGAAACUACUGGGCCAAAGACCAAUGACGAGGUCAGGGAACAGGGGGAUGCAUCGUCCUUCGAUUGCAACAUAUGCCUGGGCGCGGUACAGGAUCCCGUGGUGACCAUGUGUGGUCAUCUAUUCUGCUGGCCAUGUCUGCAUCAGUGGCUUCUGACUCAACCCAAUCGAAAACUCUGCCCCGUUUGCAAAUCGGCCGUCGAUAGGGACAGAGUGGUACCGCUGUACGGUCGAAAUAAUCCACGUCAAGCGGAUCCUCGCAAUAAAAUACCACCUCGUCCCACUGGACACCGCUCCGAACCAGAAGUGGCAGCAGCCCACGCCUACAGAUUUGGUGGGCGUUUUCACAUGUCUGUUGGUCUUGGAUUCCCUUUCGGAUUCAUAACUUCUUCUCUGAAUUUUGGCGAACCUCGUCCUGCAGCUCGUAAUCGUGGCACCCAGCAAUUCCAGGAUGAACAAAACCUUUCCAAACUGUUUCUCUUUGUGGCCUUUGUGUUUAUCUGCUGGCUGGUUUUUGUGUAGCAAGACACGAUCACUUCAAAAUCAUUCCCCAGGUGAAACAUUCAAAUUGGUGAUGCGUUAAGUGAAGUUUUUUUUAAGUAUAUUUGGGGAAUAAACGUUGAACGAUGCACGCUAAAUUAAACAACCAAAAAUUUCUUAUUGAUACAUUGUGAUAUAAAAUUGAAACUGGAAAAUUAAGCACUGAAAACGUAAUUUAUAAAAAU